GGAUGCUGACGAAGGCUUGUGAAGCUGAGAAGACAAAUUGCCCUCAUCAUUAUCUCUGGGCUUGUCAAUCAAAUAUAUUCCCUUAUUUACCUCAGCGAGGAGAGAGCCCCGGGAGCACACGGAGAGGGAGGGAGCGAGAGGAGAGCUGCUUGCCCCAAAUUCCGCACCAGGAGGGAGCAUUUCCAGCCCCUCGGGAUGGCCACCAUCACCUGCAAUCGCUUCACUGAGGAGUACCAGCUCUUUGAGGAACUGGGCAAGGGCGCUUUCUCCAUUGUCCGGAGAUGCGUGAAGGUGUUGGCAGGACAAGAGUAUGCGGCCAAGAUCAUCAAUACCAAGAAGCUCUCUGCUCGAGAUCACCAGAAGCUGGAACGAGAAGCCCGGAUCUGCCGUCUCCUGAAGCACCCCAACAUUGUGAGGCUCCACGACAGCAUCUCUGAAGAGGGCCACCAUUACCUGAUAUUUGACCUGGUCACCGGCGGAGAGCUGUUUGAGGACAUUGUGGCCAGGGAGUACUACAGCGAAGCGGAUGCCAGCCACUGCAUCCAGCAGAUCCUGGAGGCCGUCCUGCACUGCCACCAGAUGGGGGUGGUUCACCGGGAUCUGAAGCCCGAGAAUCUGCUGCUGGCAUCCAAGCUGAAGGGUGCUGCUGUCAAGCUGGCUGACUUUGGCCUUGCCAUCGAGGUGGAGGGGGACCAGCAAGCGUGGUUUGGUUUCGCCGGCACCCCGGGAUACCUCUCCCCCGAGGUGCUCCGGAAGGACCCUUAUGGCAAAGCCGUGGACCUGUGGGCUUGCGGUGUCAUCCUCUACAUCCUGCUGGUUGGGUACCCACCCUUCUGGGAUGAAGACCAACACCGUCUCUACCAGCAGAUCAAGGCUGGGGCUUACGAUUUCCCCUCCCCUGAAUGGGACACGGUCACUCCUGAAGCAAAAGAUCUCAUCAACAAGAUGUUGACCAUAAACCCAUCCAAGCGCAUCACGGCAGCAGAGGCUCUGAAGCACCCCUGGAUAUCGCACCGUGCCACCGUGGCGUCAUGCAUGCACAGGCAGGAGACGGUGGACUGUCUGAAGAAGUUCAAUGCCCGCAGGAAGCUGAAGGGAGCCAUCCUCACCACCAUGCUGGCCACCAGGAACUUCUCCGGAGGCAAAAGUGGUGGCAACAAGAAGAAUGACGGCGUGAAGAAAAGAAAGUCCAGUUCCAGCGUUCAGUUAAUGGAAUCGUCGGAGAGCACCAACACCACCAUUGAGGAUGAAGACACCAAAGUACGGAAGCAAGAAAUCAUUAAAGUCACAGAGCAGCUGAUUGAAGCAAUAAGCAAUGGCGACUUCGAGUCCUACACGAAGAUGUGUGACCCUGGAAUGACAGCUUUUGAGCCUGAGGCUCUGGGCAACCUCGUGGAAGGCCUGGAUUUCCACCGAUUCUACUUUGAAAACCUGUGGUCCCGGAACAGCAAGCCCGUGCACACAACGAUCCUGAACCCUCACAUCCACCUGAUGGGAGAUGAGUCUGCCUGCAUCGCCUACAUUCGCAUCACGCAGUACGUGGACUCUGGAGGGAUCCCCCGCACUGCCCAGUCCGAGGAGACCCGCAUCUGGCACCGCCGGGAUGGCAAAUGGCAGAUCGUUCACUUCCACAGAUCUGGCGCGCCCUCGGUCCUACCGCAGUAAAGCCCUCUGAAGCGUGGCCCUGCCCGUGUUGGGUUUGUCACUGACUCACUACCAAGGGGAGACCCCCUCCGACAUGUUCACCUACGGGACUUUGGCUGUUGGCUCUGCUGCUUGGUUCCCGCUGGAAUAACCCCUCGCUUCUCACCGCACACACACGACAGCCCCACCGGUGCAGCACAAGCAUCCCAUCAAACCCCCUCCCUGCCGGGGUCAUGGCGCUGGGCCCCCUUCCUCUGCAUGAACCAGAAAAAGAGAAACCGUGAACUUAGACCCACGCAUCUGGCCAGUGUACAGGCCCCCCCCCAUCAGCUGCAUAGCGUUGGUGGGCCUCCUCACUACCCAGCACAUCUCCUGAACUGGGCUCAGACUCAUCGUCCACCUCCAUCCCCACCUCUGCUGGAAGCCCUCCGAGGAAGAGGGGGGCAGUUUUGAGCUGCUCUCUGCUGCAUCCUCCCUGCGUGCUGGUGGAUUUUGCUUUGCUGCUAUCAAGGUCCUCGUCUGCUGCCAUGACUCCCACCUGCUCCCAACUCUCUGAGUUCCUGCUUCCCAGCAGCCUCAUCCGGGAACUGCAAUUCAAUCCAUUUGCCAAGUCCAUUUUUCAUGCGUACCUGUGCAAGGAGGGCCGUGUUUGGAUGGGUGAGUAAAGACUAUCUGUUCUUUUUCCCUUCCCAGCACAGGCUGGCUCCUUUCCAGGAGAGCAAGUAGGUUUGCACCCUGGCUCCAGGCAACUGCUGUGCCAAGAAGGAUGCUCUCCCUCCUUCCUCCCUUCUCCCUUUGGAGCAGAGACUGGCGAUGCUGGGAGAAGAGAGGAGGAGAAUGACGACUGCUUCCCAGUACCACAUCAGCGCAGACGGGAGCUGGGGAUCUCCCAUCCAAGUCCGGGCGGUAGCAUCGCCCCUGUGCCCUCCUCACCCACCACCCAGCCCGGAUCCUUUACCCCAGCACACACCCCUGCCCCCCACAUACAGCACUGGCGUUCCUUGCUCCCAGCUCCCAGGAUGGGAUGGGGGCCAGCCAAGCUGGCUGCUGGCUCGGGGCACAAACCUCCAUGGCCCACGUGACUUCUUCCAGCGACAACAAGGAAUGCAAGCUUUAGUGACAAACUGCAGAAUCUGAUUGUGCUUCAACUAAAACAAACAAGCCUUUCGCUGUCUUCUCCUUUGAGCGCAUGCCUUUUUAUAGGGAAAAGAAACCAACCUACCGUGUAUUUCGUAACUUGAUUUUGAGUAUUUGCUGAAAUGGAUCUUUAUGUAAUAACUAGAAACAUUCAACUGUUUAAGUGGGGAGGGAGGGGGGAUUUUCAGGGGUUGCUGUUUUUCAUUGCGUUUACAUUUGAAGUGGGGUUGUUCUGCCACGAUGCUCCUACCAGGGGUGCCACGGCUGCCAGCCCCCUCCUCACACCGUGGUGGCUUGUCCCGUUCUGUCCCACAGCGUUGGGUGGCAAAGGCACCCACCUCCAGGGGCACCCACACGGCCAUGGCACCUUCCUCAUGGGUCUUCCUGCAGGGCAAACCACGGCGGUGGCUCUGGGAGUGCCACCAGCACGUGGCUUUCAGGACAGAAGACACGGCCGGGAAGGGAACGUUGGUCUCACCUCUUUUCCAUCAGGUAGAGAUCUGAGAGUGGGUGUUCUUCCGGCAAUUCUUCCACUUCACAUUCUCCUUUUUCCAACUGGAGCCUCUUCACUCACUGAUGUGAGGCUUCUGCAGCACUGCUGCCCCGGGGUACUUUCUAGCUCCACUCUCUUCGUCUGCAUGGUGUUUAACUUUCUAGACGGUGCGUGUGUUGAAAAACAAAGAAACGAACAAAAACUGCUUGUUUUGGACCUAAAAAAAAAAAAAAGAAAAAGGAUAAAAAAAAGGAAAAAAAAAAAAA